CGUAAACCGAGGAAAAUGUAAACAUUAAAUUACUGUUUCUUUCCAAAAGUUAAUUAUAAGGCUUUAUUCGUGUGUUCAUUUAAAAACGUGUGACUUUCAUGUUUAUUUUAUCCAAAAUUUCAAAUCUAGAUAGUAAUUUGAGUGAUCGUGAAACGUUAUUCUAAUAUGAACAGUUUAAAAGUUCUGUUUACCUUUGUAUUUUUCGUUUGUUUACUCGAUAGGGUGAAGCUUUUAGAUAAUGGAUUGGCAAGAACACCUCCGAUGGGGUGGAUGUCGUGGGGGUAUUAUAUGUGCGGAGACAACUGUUUGGAUAAUCCACAAAAAUGUCUUGAUGAAGAAUUAAUUCUAUCAGUAGCAGAUUCAUUUUACAAUGAUGGUUAUCAAGAAGCUGGUUAUGAGUACAUUGUGAUCGAUGACUGCUGGUCAGAACGUGAACGAGGCAGUGACGGCAGACUGGUGCCUGACAAAAAUAGGUUUCCAAAUGGAAUGAAAUACAUUGCUGAUUAUAUUCAUUCUAAAGGUCUUAAAUUCGGCAUGUACACUAAUGUAGCAAAUAUAACAUGUAUGCACUUUCCUGGUUCAAGGAAUCAUUUUGGAAUUGACGCCAUGACAUUUGCAGAGUGGGGAGUUGAUUAUAUCAAAGUUGAUGGAUGCUUUGUGGGGGAAAGUUUCUUAAAUACUGCAUAUAUAAAGCUUGGACAUUAUUUGAACAAGACUGAACGGGCCAUAGUGUACUCAUGCAGUUGGCCGUAUUAUAUUGAAUACAUACAUCGUAAAACUCCAGAUUAUUCAAAGGUAGCAGCUCAUUGUAAUCUAUGGCGGAAUUAUCACGAUGUGUCAACAUCUUGGGCAUCGGUGAGAAUAAUUAUGGAGCAUUACAAGCAAGAAUACUCUACUUUAUCUAAGUACCAUGGACCUGGGGGAUGGAAUGAUCCAGAUAUGUUAAUUAUAGGUACGGAUGUACUAACAGAAGGUCAGAGUAGAGUACAGAUGUCAGUAUACGCGAUGUUAUCUGCUCCCCUUUUGCUAAGUUGUGAUAUGACCAAGAUAAGUGAUUACGAGAAGUCUUUACUGCAAAACAUGGAUCUUAUAGCUAUUGGACAAGACCCUUUGGGUAUUAUGGCACAGCCGUACGAGCUUUCAUAUUUUAUAACUCUUUGGGUAAAGCGACAUCUUCCUAUGAAAGGCGACAAGUAUCACUCUUUCUCUUUCGCACUAGUCAACGUAUACCAAAGUAAUUUUACCGUCUCUUUCGCUCCUAGUAAUUAUGGUUUGGAAUCAGAAGGUGGAUACAGCGUGAUGGAUGUAUUUACUGGAAAGUACUUAAGGAAUGUAACUUUAGAAGAUACAAUGACAGUAUUGGUCCCAUUUGAAGAUGUUAUUUUAUAUUCUCUCUACGCAUUAUAA